UGCCAAGCAGCGCUGGCCGAUUUGAAAAUGGCAAUUCGGGCAGCCGGCGAACACAAGCAGCGGAUUGCCGUGCAAGUCAGCAUCGACGGUCUUCGAUUGCGAGACGAAAAAACGGGGGCACACGUAGUUUUCGUGAAAAAUUCGUAAAAAAAAAGGCAAAUACUACGCAUUUUUUAUGGUAAAAGUAUAUCAAUUAUAGAGAAAAAGAGAUGAACUGCGAUUUUGAGAAAUAUUUUAUGUCGAAUGGUCGUUUGAAAUGGUUCCGAUUUUUUCGAUCAUUGAUAUAUUAAUGACAUUCGUUUAAUCAGAGCUAUCUUAAUACAGUUUUUAAUCAGCUUGAGGAACUGUGCUUCUUCAGCAUGAUUUGCUAGAAUAUCCCUGGACACGCUUUUUAUGCUGCAACGCUUUCAUCGAUCUUAGCGAGGAUUAAAAUAAAUAUAAUAAUAUUCUUAUAGCGUAGUACUUUUUAUAAACAUGAAUUACACGUGCGUGAAAAUUUCAACUUGCCUUCUGCGAUUAGUAUUAUAUCCAUUUUUUUCGUAAUUAAUAUACAAAACUUGAAUCUUUUGACAUUCCGCAGUACGGCGCAUGUACUGUUGCAUGAAUAUUUUUCAUAAAAUUUUGAUAAACUAAGAAUUUGUUUUUAUUUAUAUGUAUAUAUAUUCAUUCUUGCUAUGUGAAUAAGAUUCAAGAAAUAAGGAUAAUAUAUUUCGAAUAAAUCGAUUUUUUUUUUCUGUAAUUAACACAUUAACGACUGGUGCAAAAGUUAUUAGAAUUUUUGGUGCAAUUUUCCACCAUUGGACGUUAAUGGGUUAAUACGAAGUAAAAUCAUUUUUUUAUGGCUCUGUAUUCAUUAGGAUCUUAGCUUCAAAAUUGUUUAGUAGUUUGCAAACAUUAUACGUACUAUGAUUUAAUUUUCUGUUGACCGUUAAAAAUAUGGUUUCGUGCCUGUACGUACUUUUAGAAUAUCACACGUUUUUAGCGUCCGAAUGAUUUGCGGCACCUUGCAUGGCACUGUUGAAGAUUUUAAUUUUUGGAUUGUCUUUAUCAUCAUCCCGUUCACAAGAUAUCUUUCAUCGCUCAGGAUAUGAGCGAUUCGCGAGCAUUUGGAUACAUUUUUGGCUCUCCCGAUACAGGCCAUCGAUUUUUUGGAAUUAAAACAGACAAGGCUGCUAGCCAGGUGGUGAUAGCGAUGCGGGACUUAUUUCAAGUUGUGUUCGAAUUAAAGAAAAAAGAAAUAGAGCUGGCGAAGCAGCAUAUAGAACAAAAUGCUAUUAAAUUCCAUACGAGUGGUAUUUUUGUGGAGCCAGCGCCGGAUACAAAGGGUGCGGCGGGUAGCGAGACUUCGCUUCAUCGGAAUCGAACUUUAAAUUCCGAGAUCGAUAAACCCGUCGAGAGAAAGCAAGAGACGCAGAGUGGCGUGAUAGCCGAUCUUUUGGAUCUGCAGUUCGAACUGAACUCGUUACAGCAGGGGAUUCAUCAGAUGGAUAAGAUAACUCCUGAUAAUCCAAGGCCGUCAUCUGAAGAUCCUUUUGAAACGGAUCCUUUUGGAGAUUCCUUUGCCAAUAUGAAGGUAAAGGAAACUGUUCAACCAAUUCUGCCUCCACCGCCAUCUUCCGCGAAAAGGGGCCAUCUUGAGCGGCAACAGACCGUCCCGGUAACGUCCUCCAGCUCUAGUCCAGCUACUAUCUUGGCUAGUAAGACUCCACCUCCUCAGGGUCCACCUCAAGGCUCGAUUCACUGGUUUGAUAAGGAAACGGAGAAUCUUUUCAACGAAGGUGAAUUGUCUAGCUUGGCGAAGAACUCCACUGCUGAGAACGAUAAGGAAAACGAAUCCUCAAGUACCACGCCGAGUCUUCGUAAAAGUCCGCAGAUUGAUGUUUUUACGGAAUUGGAUCCUCUGGGUACUGGAUUGAUAAAACCAUACGUCGACAAGAAGGACUUUUUUCAACAUCUGAAAAAUCCCCCGAAAAAGGUUCUGAAAGAUUUGGUAACAACCAGUUCCGGUGAUACCUUCCCGACGAAUUUCAAUGUCACCGCGGAACCAAUUGAACCCGUAAAGGUUCAAAGUAGCGUGUUCUCGAGUAAGAAUACGGAUAAUUUUGAAGAUAGCAAUUUCGCAGAUUUUGAUAAAUUCGACGAGAGCGAAGUACAUCUGCAGAAGACUGAGUCACCGAAGCCUAAGAAAGAAUCUUAUAGUCAGCCGCGCCCGACUAUACAUCAUCAGCCUUUAUCUGUGUCCUUACCUCCUGAGGAAAUAUCUACGUCUAAGGAUGCACCCAUAACUUACCCAAUACCUAACACAGCAGCAACUAUUUCUGCCAUGAAUAAAAUGGAGAAAGAAUCAGCGGAGCCAAUCCAAACACUAGUCAGACUACCUAGCCCUAAGAAAUACUUGCAAUCUGUACGAAGAAAGGAGUUCGAUAUCGAUCUGGCUGGAAGUAGAACUCAAUCUUUGGAUAAACCUUUUCCCGUAGAUUUUUCUGCCACCAGUGAUUCUCCGGCAUCUCCUUUAAGAUCCUGUUCAUCCGAAGCUAACUCGAGAUUAUCUAGUUCGAGUGCCGAACUAGAGAUAGUGCCCGAACCGCCUCCUAGAGGAGCUGGAAGUAUUCUCAUCAAUCCACCACCACUUCCGCCAAAGAAAUCAACUGCCAGAUCCGUGAUAAAGCCACCACCACGACCACCGUAUACGGAGGGUCACUUCCAUUAUGACUUCCUGGAGCGAGAGGAGACUUCACCUUCGCCAACGCGUAAGGAACGGAAUAAAAGUCCAUCUAGAGAUUUGAGGAAUCGAUUUGACGAUGACUUUAGUCCACCACCGCCACAGCUACCAAAAAGAUCAGAACUUGUUGCAACUUUUCCUAGCUCCAAAAUUGACGAUUCCUUUGAAUCGAUGACUCCGACUACACUCUCUUCAAUUUUUCAGAGUAGUUAUUCGAGCAGGACCUCGACAGAAGUUAAAAGAAGUCCCAAGCCUUCUCUGGACAUUACUCUCAGUCAACUGACUUCAUCAAAUCUGGCUGAACUAGCUGGUAGUCUUAACAUGACUGUUAGUGAAUUGACUAGUCUGACUCUUCAGCAGUUGACCGAAUGCUUAGCUACGUUGUCGAAUAAAGAUUUAAAAUCCGAAGAAAAAACGAACAGUGAUAAAAAUACAGUGUCCCAAUCGCUGCCAGCUCCCACUAAACCGCCACAGAGUACAAAGAUAGUGGAGACUUCUUUUAUCUCUAGUGAGCAUCUUUUCAAAGCAAAUUUCGAUCAGGAGAUGAAGGACCAGGAGAAUUCGUCUACGUACGAUAAGUACGCUGUGUUUAGAGAACUAUUGGAAUUAGAGCAGCAGAAUCAGAAAGCCCGGAAGGAAGAGAAGAAUGAGGAUCAUAAUGCGAAAGAAGAGGAAGCCAAGGUAAAGGUUCCUCCUAAGGAACAAGAGAUUUCGCUGCGGUCUAGAUCUCCUGAAAAAGAGAUUCAAAGCGAGAACUCUGUAGAGACAAUAACAUCUUUGGCUAAUUUGACUGUGCAAUUACCGCCAUUAGCUGAGGAUAGUCUCAAGACUCAGUCCAAAGACAAAUUUGAGGAUUCAUUUAACGAGUCUUGUGAGAUAAAAGUUGAAAAUGAGGAAGAAAAAAUGGAUACGCAAGAGCCCAAAGAAGACGAAGGGGAUGAGAAGAGUUUGAAGGACCAAAUGGGUCUGGCCGCGAGGGAUUCUGUUAUAUCGGAUAUAGUUUUAGAGUGUGAAAAUGAAGAAAAUCUUAAAGAAAAUAACGAGGAGAAAAUAAUAGAGACUUUAGUAAGCAAUGAGCCUGAAAAAUAUAUUUCUUCGAAUAAGGAGAAUGACGAAGAGGUGACAGAGAAAUUAGAAGAGACUAAUGGAGUGUCGACAGAAAAAACUGAAUUAAAAGGGUCGAACUCGACUUCUAGCGAUAGAUACGCCGCAUUACGGGAGAUCAUAGAAGAGUCCGAACAGGCAAUAAAUAACACUGAGAAUAAAGUGGAACGAAGAAAUUCUAGUCCUUCCGGUCAGCCUGUUUCAAAGACUCUGGCCGAAAUAGAUCUUAUGAGUCUUUUCUCAAGCCCACUACCUGCACCUCCUAGUCCGAAGAAAUCUCCUACGAAGCAAGAAGAAGAUCUGAAAGUGGUUGCGAUGGAUAUUUUUGAGGAAAUUAAGAUGCUCAAUAGUGGAACCCAACGUAGCAGCAAAGAAAGUAAGACGAGCUCAUCGGGAUUCGAGGACGUUUUCUCACCUUUUCCUGACACAAAGAACGAGAAAGAUCCUUCGAAGGAUGAAACAAACUGGGCAAAAUUUGAAUCAAACGUUUUUCACUCGGAUAAAUCCUUUGGAGAAGGACCUGGUUCUAUUGGAGGUACGUCACCGUGGUCUCCAGAUGGCAAGGAGUUUCAUAAGGGAUCGUCGUUAAAGGGUAACGCUCAUCGACACUCGGGCGAUAGCGAUAACGAAUGCAAAGACGAAGAAGGAAGUGAGGAGAGUAAUGGAAGGUUUCGCGAUGAUGGAUCCUGGAGUAGUAAAGGUCCACGAUAUGAAUAUAGUUAUGAGGAAAGAUCUUAUUAUGAGGUUAAUUCGUGUAUGACAGAUAAGGAGAGGGAUUGUCGAAAUAGAACGCGAGAGGGUAGAAAAUCAAGAGGAGCACCUUGGACUAAAACUGUAAGUCAUAGAACAUCACGCGAUCCUUCACCCUGGUAUGAAGAUGGAAGAUGGGAAGAAGAGCUGCAGCAGCAACCAUUAUCACAACAGCAACAACCUCAACAGCAACAGCAACAUAGACGCUAUCUUCACAGGACGCUCCCUUACAAAGAUCACGACGAGGAUUACAAGACUCAUUGGAAGUGCAGACCCAAACAACGACCUUGGAACGGUGAACGUGAUACAUUUUGGUCUCACGAUCAUCCAUCCUACGAGGAGGAGCGUGGCAAAAGAAGAAUGAUGCUUUGGAACGAUGAAGACCGAGACCGGGAUCGGGAUAGGGAACGAGAUCGCGAGCGUGAUCGGGAUAGAUUCAGCAGUCAGGAGAGUAUGGGUUAUGACGACGAGGAGCGAUGUUCCAGGCGGGAAUAUGAAAGAAGAAGAUGGGAGGAAGAUGGAAGGUUUUGGGGUAGAAGAGGUCCUGAAACUGAUUAUCCACCGUACCCUCCGCGCGAACCUUAUCGGAAGCAUGAAAGUCAUUGCUGUCGGGACGGUAGGGACAGACCUCAUGAUUAUCCUUCUGGCUGGCUUGAGGAAGAUUAUGGACCCGAGCAUGUUGACGAAUCCCCCAGGUACCUUUCGAGAAAAAGGCACUGGCCGAAGAGGCCCAACAGCGCGACUGAUGCUCGUAACCUUGAACCCAUCUAUACUGAUCCUAGGCCAAUUUAUGGCGUUUCCAGAUCCGAAUGUAGCGAUAACGAUUCUGAUCCAUAUCAUCGUCCACACAGGUCCAGGAGUCGGGAAAGCUACUGGGGUAGCGAUCAAGAAUACGAUACCUGUCCGGAAAGGUCUUACUGGUUGGAGGGGCCUGAACUUAAGAAUGAAAAUCUUCAUCAUCGCAGGAUGAACAGACACAAACGUAGAACGCAAGUUAAAUCCCAGAACUCACCCUUUGAAGAUGAUUUUUCACAGAGUCUCGAGCACGUAGAGCCCGAUCCCGAUCCAUUCACAGCUGAAACAAGACUUCCAAUUGAUCAGGAUAUCAAACUUUCAGAACCGUCGGCUAUUAGUCCCCGUAGUGGUAAAGACAUACCAAGAACUAAAAUGCAUAAGAAAUCCGGACAUCUCGAAGAUGAUCUUACACCUACACCUAGUUUAUCGAGCGAACCUUUGGAAAGACAAAAGAUGAGCUCUGAUACGAAAAUGAUUCCCGAGGAAAGCUGUGUGCACCCCAGCAAAGAUCCGCCUUCAAACGAUAGUUUUGUAUCGGAGCAUAGCGGUAGGGACUCAUUUUUUAACGGUGAUCCUCGCUUUGACGACGAUGCCUUCACCUUCAAAUCCGAGCUCGAAGACAAUGUCCCGGAAAAAGCUACCACGUUACCGCUCAAGAAUUCACGCCAGAUGAAGGGCGCCAGCGGAAAGGUGAAGACCGACCAUUACAUCAAGAAAUCUGAGUCCGUUAACAUAUUCGUCAGGGAAAGCGAUCCAUUCGAUGACGAUGAUUUUUUUAAUUAAUCUCCUAUUAAGUUAGUGACCCCCCCAAAUCGACUGAAUCUUAUACGCAAAUUGGGAACAGUAAUGAAUGAUACUUCGCGUUUUUUUUCUAUUUUUUUUUAAAUACAAAAAACAUGCGGCUGUCAUUGUUAAGCAUAUACAUUUUAGAUUGUACCAUUUUCUCUUUUCUCCAUUUUUUUUUUUUCAUUUACUAUACUUUUUUGAUACAGUAGCUUAAAGCGUAGCGUAGUAUUACGAAAAUCUAAGCUCUACCAAGUAUUGGUCAGUUUCGUAUUGAUCGAUAAAUUAGAUGGAUGAACGAGAUUGUUUAUUUAUUCAAAGCACUCGAUCUUUAUCUUGUCAAAAACGUUGUGACGUGGCCGGUUGAUAAUGUUUCUUAAUCCAUGAAUACCGCAAUUGUUAAAUUCUUGCCCUAAGCUCUGCGGUAGUUAAGGGUGAGCUUAAAAGAUAGUAGUACUUAAAGAGUGAAUAAAAAAACUCCAACCAAUAAUGAUAGCGACCAUUUCGAAAACUUUAACGACUCAACGUGCAAAUUCGGAAAUUUGAGGGAAAUCAUGAAAUAAAAUUUGUGCGUCUUACCUGAGAGACAAAUAUAAUGCGACUGGAAACGAACAUGGUGACGCAGAUAAUGACAACGUUGAUAAUAAGUGACGAUAAUAAUGACAAUUCGACUUGUUCUUCGGUUCAGGGCCGUAGACGUCCUAGAUUUUGAGUCCCCGUUUUUCAUUUCUUUUUUUAUAUAGAAAAACGCGCAUAUUUGUACAUAAUCGCUUGAAGCAUGAAGAACCGACGAGAGGGUGGAUACGCUGUGGCGAGUGGUUCUCGGGGGGUAAUAGUGGCGGGGAUGGGUGGUUGUUGCAAAGGGGUGAGGGAGGGUUAGCUAGAGUAUUAAACAGUAAAGGUUAGUGAGUGGCGAGAUACAGUAAAGGGUUGAAAGGUCAACACACUUCACUAUCCGUUUAAUUAGCAUUUGCCAUCGUAUGGUACGACGAGAAACAGCAAAUCUAGCACUUUUUACAUAAAAAGAGAGAAAUGGAAGACGUACCUACAAAACUUUAUUUAUUGUGAUUCGUGAAAAGAAUACAAAAAAAGGAAAAAGAAGAAUGGAUUAGCAUUGUGGAAGAGUUGAAAUUGCGUUAUUUCUGCAACGUACUAUCCUGGACCACUGUAUAUCCGUAGAUCAGAUUAGAUACUCUCAUUUCAUGGAAAAUACAUACAAAAUGAAAGCAUUAAUUAGCCCGAAUGAAAACACGCGCAAAAAGAUCAUGCGCUCGAUUAUUGCUAGAAAUUGGAAACUCAUCUUCCUGUUUUCUAAUCUUUAUGGCUGUUUUUCACAAAAUGAGAAUCGAUCCGGGUUUAGACAAUAGAGACAAGAGAUCAAAGUGAAUCGAAUGACGUUGAUUCUACAUGUAAAGUUUGAAUGUAAAAAAAUAUCAGAAGCUUAAGAACUUACGGCUGGACCAAAUUUGUGUUAUCAUCUACAGUAUUUCUAUGACAGAAAUAUGUUUCUGGGGGCCAACUUAUUGUAAUUUUCAAUGAAGAAAAGUCCCCUUAGCCUUACUUUUAUCUGUCGUAGAUUGACUAUAGUUGUUUCAUCAAACGGCAAAGCGAUAGAAUCAUCCCGUGUAUUAAUUAAUUAAAAACAUACUAUUAUAACAUGAAAAUGAAAGAAGAUUGUCUAUAAAUUUGGCGACAUCUAAGAUUUCCUCUACAGUAUUAAAUUUAAUGAAAAUAAAAAACGAGUUUUGAUGUCUUACGGAAUACCAAUUUCUCGAAAUAACGUAUCGUGAAAUGAGAUCCAUAAUCGAAGACAUUUAUAUGUAUACAAACAGGGUGAUAACCGAAUAACAUGUGAAAGGUGAUUUUAAAGAGAAAGACCCAGCAACCCAUAUCUCAGUCAGUCACUAAAAUGUGCAUUUCACGGCGAACGCUCGACAGGCAGCUCCGGCACUUUCGCUAUUUGUAAAAACUCGUAAUUAUUAUUUACGCAUUUUUGCCCGAUCAAUACAAGUAUCUUUGUGGAAUGUUUUUGCUAGAAGUGUGCGAACUUUUUACGUGGGGCUUUGUACCUUUUGCACGCCAAGAUUUUUGAGGUUUUCGAGGUUUUCUGGUGCUCGUAUAACGCCAGUCGUCCGUUCGCCGUCGGUUUACUUAAAAAAGCAAAGGACAUUAAAGAUAUUUAACGACAUAUUAAUAUAUUGUAUAUUUAUUAUUAUCGAUUAAUUGAUUAUAUUUCCGAUUAUUCUCAUUUCAUAAAUCGGAUAAUCGUUAGCAAACCGUAUCUCAAGAUUUAUUCUGUUAAAUUAAACGACGAAUUGUACAUGAAUUUUGCGAAGUAAAAACUUUGACUUCACGUGCAAGCGAAUUAAAUUGUAUGAACUGUAUCUUUCGUUCUUUAGUUUAUAAAUUGCUUUCUUUCCGUGCUUCGAAGGUGAUCCAUUGGUUAAAGGAUCUACAGCUGUGUGUUGAACUUUGCGUUAUAAUUGCUAAAAAUAAGGUGACGUCAUGAAUGCGAAUUGUAACGAGCGAAUAGAUGCCCAAAUUUUCUCCGGAUUAUAACGCGUGCGUUGUGCCAUAACGGGAAGUUCAAUGCGUCCUAGCUACAUUUAUUCAUGUUCAUAAAGUGCUUCGUUGAGUUUUCUUGUAAACGCGGAAAAUGAAGGAUUCUAUCCUGCGUGAAACUCUGACAUUCCCAAUUACUCUGUAAUAUUUCCAGAACGAGUAUUGAGGUUGGAUAACUUUUCUAUUUUGAAAUGUCGAAUGGAUAUUAGAUGCUGUGUACAUGUAGAUUAUCCGCCGAUAAUUUUCAUAUAGAACGAUAAGCACGGUUUCGAAAACUUCAUCUUAUUUGUAACAUCCAAAAAUUCCCGGCGAAAAGAAGGCAGCCAUAGUUCCACUGCCAGCAGAUUCCUUUGUCGCAGGAUAUUAUUCCUUAAAGACAACGCAACUAUGAUCGAGAAUGUAUGAAAGUGACUCUUCUGUAUGUGAAUAAAUUAUUUGGUUGACAUUAA